GAGAGGGGAGGGGUGGAGUAGUUGAACAGCACAAGCAGCAGCAACAACAACAUAGUCACUUUAGCUUUUUAUGCAGACUUGUCACUGCACAAAGGAAACCAUACAGGGACAUUCAUUUUGUAAGCUUUGACAUUAAUGGGAUUGUAAAGCAUCUAUUGUACUGUUUUAACCAAAAGGAUGGAGAUGGGAAAAAAUAGGGCAUUUUGAGAUUUUGACCAGGAAACACCAGGAAAACACAGGUUGGAGCAGGGAAUUUCCAAGAUUUCAGAGUGGAAAUACUGUGCAGGCCUAUACAGAGAGGCAGACACCCGGCCCACUCCAUGCACAGGAGCGAGGAACCCACCGAGAGCCGGCGCUCCACGGGGACACAGACUGAAAGCAUGCAGGGUCAGGUACCGAGGCUUUCUAGAUUCAAUUUAUUCACACUACUGAGCCUGUGGAUGGAGGUCUUUCCUCCCCCUGUAGAUGGCGAUGACCGAAAGAGACCCCAGCAGAUUAAGAAGACUGGUCUUGUUGUGGUUGGAAAUAUGAAAGUCAUUGGUCUCCACUGUUCCAGUAAGGAGCUUCAUGCUGGUCAAAUUGCAGUCAUCAAGCAUGGAUCCAGACUCAAGGACUGUGAUCUCUACUUCUCCAGGAAACCAUGCUCAGCCUGCUUAAAAAUGAUCGUAAAUGCUGGGGUGAACCAGAUCUCCUACUGGCCCUCAGAUCCAGAGAUGAGCCUUCAGCAAGAAAACUCUUCCCACACAGACAACGGAGAUGCCAGGCUGGACGCCAAUGCAGUUGAGCGGUUAAAAUCAAACAGUCGUGCCCAUGUGUGCGUGUUGCUGCAGCCGUUGUCAUGUAACAUGGUGCAGUUUGUAGAAGAAACAUCCUUGAAAUGUGACUUUGUGCAGAUGAUUGCCAGGAAGUGGCCUGAAUUCCCAACGAGAUCUUUCUACGAGUAUCGCCAGGAACGGUUUAAGCAGUAUGAAACAAUGUUUUUAAUCUCUAAUGAGGACACGCACAAGGAGAUCCUCAAGCUGAUAGGGCUGGAGAAUCUAUGUGAAAACCCAUAUUUCAUUAGCCUGAGACAGAACAUGAAGGAGCUCGUCUUCAUACUGGCUACAGUGGCGGCCAGUGUUCCCAACUACUCUGAUUUUGGUUUCUACCUCCGUAAGACGAGUGCUGAGAAUCACCAAAGCCUUUCUCAAGAAAUUGCACAGCACUGUAUCAUUCAAGCCCGGCUGCUGGCAUAUCGAACCGAAGACCACAAAACUGGAGUUGGCGCUGUUAUUUGGGCAGAAAGGAAAUCUAACUCACUAGAUUGUGACGGUACAGGAUCUAUGUAUUUCCUUGGCUGUGGAUAUAACGCUUUCCCUGUUGGGUCAGCAUAUGCCGACUUUCCUCAUAUGGACGACAAACAAAAAGACAGAGAAAUCAGGAAAUUCCGCUACAUUAUCCACGCAGAGCAGAAUGCAAUAACAUUCAGGUGUCAUGAAAUUAAGCCGGAUGAAAAAACCAUGAUCUUCGUGACAAAAUGCCCGUGUGAUGAAUGUGUUCCUCUGAUUAAAGGCUCUGGCAUCAAGCAGAUUUAUUCCGGAGAUGUGGACAUUGGGAAAAAGAAGGCCGAUAUAUCAUAUAUGAAAUUUGCUGAACUUAAGGGAGUCAGUAAAUAUACUACGCAAAGUAUACACAAAGCCUGAAGAAAGAUGCCUAGAACACCCAGUGUUAUUUAUAGAUGAUGUACAGCGGUAUGAGGCUCUUUGCGUGGAAUCACUUGUAUAACGUGUACCUCCUGUAUGAAUUACUGGACAUUUGUAUUGACAAUUGGAGUGCAUCUUGUUUUAUUGUUGGAAUAUACUUUUUCUACAAUUAUUCAGUGAAGUACAGAACAGCCUGUGCAUAGAAUCUUAUUUCUCUAACUUCAUGCAGGACUCUACUAUACACAGUGCAGUGGGAUAUGUUUGGGUUUUAUAAAUAAAGGAAGAUAAUAGUAAUAUUGCCAUAUAUUAAUGUGUGGCGAUUGACCUAGUACUUUGGAGCAUAGUGCCCCCCAGUGGACAGAUCAAUGUAAUACUAAAAUUACAUUACUACUAAUUAAUAACUUUGAAACUAUAUAUUUCUAGAAGAUAGAUGUGUUUGUUUUGUUAAACAAGACGAGAACAUAGUUUGAGAAAACAAUGGAAAUUGGAUAACAGGUAACUGUGGAAAAAGGUGUUGUAAACGCUCCGGUGUUCACAUUGAAACUUGUACUGUAAAAAUGGUCAUACUGUAAAAGUCAACUCCAGGACACCGCCAAAUGUUUUCUCCACUUUUUGCAGUAUGUCUAUUAAGCUGUUGUUGUUUAGUUCUAUGUUUAUAUGUUAUAUGCUUUAAAGCAUUCAGAAUGUUUUAGGGUGCUGUAUAAUGUGCAUGUCAUUUACUUUUCACUGUAAAAAACUACAGCAAUUUAACCAGAAACUCAAAUAUUUAGGUGCUCAUCUCACUCUCACUAAAUCCUACGGCCCGGUAUUUGCUGCGAACUAUCCCUCGGUACAGAGACUGUGCAUAGAAUACCUGGCAACUGCAACGGUCUCUGCUCAUAUCUUGGAUAGGUCGCAUAAACACUACAAAAUGAACAUCAUCCCUCUCAUUUUUAUUUGUUUCUAGUUCGUAUUCCAUUAAGGUUUCUGAAAACUCUACUGAUUCACUCUCUGGUCUAGUAUGAAGCCUAGGGUUCCCCUAUGGAGCUUGCAUAACAGUACAAAAGAUUGCGGCUUGGGUUUAGCCAACCUCCAGAAAUAUUACUUAGCUACCAUCAGUGCAAGCUCAUGCGAAUUCUCACCUUAGAGUGUGGGUAGACCAAGAGUAUGA